UCCCAUCCGGUAUAAAAAAAGAUGGCGGACGAUGAGGAUGAUUUUUUUGGUUAUUCUUCUCCAAUUGCUAUUGGAGCCUCAAUGAGAGAAACUGAAGAAAGCAUGACAGUACAUGAUGAGUUGUGCAAAGAGGUAGAUCAGGUAGUCUAUGAAGAAGGACCAUCUCGGAGACGAAAGAGAAGAAAUUAUGAUGUUGAUUUAGAUGAUUUAGAUGAGGACAUUGAAAUUUUAUCCUCUACUAUGAAGCAGACCAAGAAGAAGAAGCAAAAAAGCGAUGAUGAUCAAAUUGUUCUAUCUGAUGAAGAAGAUGAUGAUGAUGAUGACAGCUUGUCUCCCUCAACAAUAUCUUAUGAUUAUCCAUCAGACUCUAACACCAUUAAACUGCUGCAGGCAGCAGAAUUUGCUUCUUAUAAUCUUAAAAACUCAGCUCCAGUGUUACCAGUAACUCCUAAUACUAGUGCUAAUACUUCAGUUAUUGAUACUAGUCUUGUAUGUAGUCCAGAGCAUAAACUAACGCUUAGGGUGAGGUGCAAGGGGAUCCUCCAUAAAGUAACGAUUGAUGAGUCUGAUCAACUAUCUUGUCUCAUCAGUCAAUUAGCUGACACUUUGAAUAAAUCUCCAGAUCAAAUUCUAUUGCAAUACAAAUCAAAUGACAUUGACACCACUUUAUCACCAAAGGAGCUAAAACUUUCAUCUGUGGAUAUCUUAGAUGCUUUUGUUCUCGAUAAAUCAGCUCCUACGACAAACCAAAAGGACCCCAAAAGCAAAGACUCUUCUUUCAAAAUUAAAAUCCAGUCGUCACAAAAAACCUUCAUGACGUAUAGCGUAGAUAAGGAUAAACCGCUGGAGCCAAUUCUAUGCAAGUUUGCAGCAGACUUGGGUUACGCCCGAAAGGAUCUCAGCUUUUGGUUUGACGGAGAGAAGAUUCAUAAAAACCAAUCACCGGAGGAUCUCGACAUGGAAAAUAACGAUGUAAUAGAUGCCAACAUCAUCAAAAAGAAAAAAUGAAACAACAUUACACUUUAUAUAAUAACUAUUCUCAUAUUUUUACAUGCAUAAUUCUAUUUGGCAUCGACAUGUAUAAAAUACAUUUUCGUUAUCGACAAUUGACAGCAUGUAACGAACAAGUAAUUAAUGAACACGGCACUUUUGUUUAAUGAACAUUACAAAAUCUCAAAUAAAUUUCUUAUGUCUAAA